AUGACUUCUUCUGCUAGACCUUCUUAUACAGAGUCUACCCCGCAAGUUAUCAACGAAACUAACUCACAAAAUACGAAUGAAACUCUCACUCCUGCUACAUUUUUUGCAAACGAAACAAACACUUCUUCUGUUAACAAUAAUAUACACGCUAAACCUACACACUCUGAUUAG